AUGGCGGUGCAUGUGAGAGCGAGCGAUCUGUUCUACAAGAUUGCCCAGAGCCUUAAAACAUGCAGAAAUUUCCGAUUCAUCUCAUCGGCAAAUUCAAUUCCUGAGAUGAUAAAAUCAAACUCUGAGAUGUUUUCUGGUGAAAUAGAUACAAAAUUUAGGGAUUCAAAAGUUCAAAAUUUGCUCACGCGACUAACAGAAAGGAGCCUCGAGCUUGACAAAGUUUUUAAACCACGACAGGAGACUCUCAAAGUUCCUACAUAUAAGUUGCUUUCAGAUGAAGAGCUCUGUGAGGAAGAGAAGAAUAUAAGAGAAAAAGCACUAAAACGAUUGCAGAUGCCUGAUGUCAAAUUUGAAAGGAAAGAAAUAGAUUUUGCUAUCCAAAAUGAUCCUGAAAUUGAAGGUCAUGACGAGUCUAAGUUUAUUUUCACAGAUAUCAGCACUAGCAAAAAUGAGAUGAAUAGGCGUAUUGUUGUCAGAGAACCAAAUGGCAUUCUCAGGGAAGCAACAUGGGAGGAAAGAGAAAGAAUGAAUUAUUUAUAUCUUCCUAAGAAAGGCCAAAGUUACCGGCUGCCACAAAUGCUUACUGAUCAGGAUCUUCCAGUUGUUUUUGAGCAACUACGUCACGCUGAUGUGCUUGAUUUGGUCAGCAUCCAGUGUCCUGAUGACUCUCCUGAUUAUUUAAGGGUUCACAGAAGAACGUACCACGACUUAGAAGAAAGAGAAGCCUACAGUUUGCUGGAGUCAACAAGGCAUUAUGGUGGGAUGGUUUAUUACUUUGUAACCCAAAAGCGAGCAAAGGCGCUAAUACUGCGGCUGGUGAGGGAAGAUCGCCUCGAUGACGCUGCUGAUGUUGUGAGGUUGCAUCACGUUUUGCAUCCUGACACUGAACACGCGAAGGAGCACGGUAGUGAUGAUGUUGACUCUCAUGACAUAGUAUUGGAAUAUGCACAAAAGGAAGGACUGAAAGAAAUGAUUGAUUUAUUAAAAAAUGAAGGUUUGAGCAAGGAACGAAUAGAGGUUUGAUGUAAAUAAAUGUAAAUGGUUAUUAUGAAAUUUGGCAGAGGAUAGAGAGCCAUGUUGAA